AUGACAAGCAUUCUGAGCAAGCACAUCGAUCUCAAGCAAACCUCGCCCAACACUUAUGGCGUAUCCUGGGAUGCAGAGUACGUCGUCGGUAAAGCCUUACUGGGUGGAUACGUCGCUGCCCAGAUUCACCAUGUUACUGCGACGCAUCUCAUCACAGAUCCAGAACUGGUCGCCUGUAACCAACCAGAUAUAUUAAAUUUACAUCUUGAAUUCUUACGGCCAAGCGAGCCAUGUAUGAGCACAGUGACCGUGACCACGCUCAAACUCGGUGCAGCAUUGAGCACCAUCCAACUACAGCUCGUCCAAAAUGGCAAGAUCAGAGUCAUCGCCAUGGCUACCUCAGCGAACUUUGACAAUUCUCUCGGCCCUACUACCCCCACAAUGACGAAAAAAGCGGUAGGCCUGUCACUACAUCCUCCUCCAGGUCCCAAGCCGGACUUUGAUCGUGUAUGGGCUCAUCAACCCGACCAAAACUGGAUCCCGGGUAGUCUGGUUGGCGAAAUAACACCCGUAACUAGCCGGAUAUUGGCCUUGUACCCACGCACAGGCUUUACAGUAGAUGGGAUAUGCGAUAUUUGGAAUAGCUUUCUUGGCGACGAACGUAUCGACGCUGCUUACCUAGCCCUAAUGGCGGAUAUCAUUCCUUCCAUGUCCGACACGCUCCUGGGCAACGACGGGUUAUACAAUGCGCACGCGUUUUGGCAGGAGAUGAAGACAUGGGCGGAGACGAACCCUGGUGUCCCCGCUACAAUGACCAACACGGUCGAAGAGGCUAUGAAAUCUGCGACGUUUAAUGUCACUGUCACUAUGGAUCUUGAGUUUAAGCGGAGACUGCCCCGGGACGGACAGCGUUGGAUUUUCGUGAGGACGGCGGCCGAUAUGUUGCAAGAUGGGAGAAUGGGGGUUGGUAUUACUAUUUGCAAUGAGGAGAUGGCGCUGCUCUGCGCGGCACGUCAGUUGAUUGUGGUCCUCGAUGCGAAGAGGAGAUUCGCCGAGAAGGAAGCAAAGCCGUCGCUUUAG